AUGAUUGAACCUGUGUCUUUCUACGACACAACGAAGAUGGCCCCGCCAUUUUCCAUUACCGAUAUGAACGAGGAUUUGCCUUCAACCUUUGGAGAUGAGGAUGCACUACUUUCCUUAGAUCCUAGCUCAGACAUGUUUUCCACUUCUCGCACGGAAACCGUCAACACUACCAUUCCUUCCUCUCCUUCUUCUGAUAUGCAGUCCCUCGCAAAUUCCAUGAGGACUUCUGAAUUGAGAAAGCCAAAGACCACGGUUGCAAUUGCACUUCAUUAUCAGCAGGACAACUCUGCUGGCUCCAUUAAGGGUAAUUUGGAUUUUGCUUCUAUGGGAUUGAUUGGCCGCGAAACGGAAGUAUCGACGCUCCGUUAUUGUUUGGCAAACCUCAUGGCCACAGAUUCAUCUUCAGAUAGCGAUGGCAGCAACGAAACUGGACCAUUCAAGGAACUGGUCUUUAUCAAAGGGCAAAGUGGAGUUGGCAAGUCUUCAGUUGCCAGGACAGUCGAACAGGAUCUCAAACAAGAAGAACGUAGCAACAGCAACUACAAUGGACUGUUUAUCGACGCCAAAUUUGAUAUGAAUACUAUGGAUGAACCAUAUUCAGGCAUAUCCAAGAUAUUUGAUAAAAUCUGCCGCAAGAUCAAGGAAGUCAAGCAGGAAUCGAUUCCUGAGAUUCAACAAGCAUUGAAAGACGGACUUGGGAAGGAACUUCGACUCCUGAUGCACUUGCUUCCGGAACUGAAGAGCCUGAUGGCUGAUGACGAUAGUCAGUCCACCAAAUCAUCUUUUGAUAUCGAUGCAUUUGAAAGUGGCACAGAUCAGCUACGUUAUGCAUUUCGAGUGUUGGCUAGGGUAUUUGGAGCUGUCUUUUCUCCACUUGUCAUCUUUUUUGAUGACUUGCAGUGGGCGGAUAUGUCGUCACUUCAAGUAUUGGACUAUUUGAUCUCAGACACUCAAAACCCAAAUGCCAUGAUGAUCAUUGGAAGUUACAGAUCCGAGGAAGUCAAUGAGAACAGUUUGCUCUUCAACAAGAUAGUUGCUUUCCGAGAGAAGGCAACGAAGUUCCACUUUCAUGUUACCGAAAUGGAGAUCAAAGCAUUCGAUGCAGCUACUGUCGAGAAGAUUAUUGCCACCACCUUGACGCCUGAGACUAUGGAACAAGGCGUAAGAUUGGCAUUGAUAUGUAUCAAGAGAACCCUUGGAAAUCCGUUCUUUGUCUUUGAAUUCCUCAAGAUGCUUCACCACGAAGGACUCCUUGCGUACAACUUAUCAUCGCAACGUUGGACUUGGGAUAUGGAAAAGAUCGAGGACGCAACCAUGUCCACUGCCAAUGUCGUUGCCCUAUUACACAAUCGCAUGAAGAAGUUACCCAACCAAGUUCAAAUUCUACUUCAAGUUGCCGCGUACUUUGGGUCCUCGUUCUACGAGCCAACACUCGAUAUGGUUUGGGAUCACCAUGGUCGAAGAUUGGUCGGAGCGAAGAUCGAUAAGGUUUCCAAGCUACUUCCAGGGGUUGUCCAAGACGACUUUUUGGAACCAUUCGGGGAGAAUCACUACAGAUGGGUUCACGACAAAGUGCAAGAGGCCGCGCUGUGCUUGACGGGGAAGCAUCGUGAGUCAUUUCAGUUGGACAUUGGUACAACUUUGUACUAUUGCUUGGAUAAAGAGCACUUGGAAGAUGACUUGUUUAACGUCGUCGAUCUCAUUAAUCGUGGGAAUGUCAACAAGAGAUCCGAAUUUGCGCUUGCUAACAUGAGAGCAGCAAAGAAGGCACGAAGCAUUUCGGCCUUUGAGUCGGGAGCAAAGUACGCUGCCCACGGGAUCGAGAUUUUGGACGAGUCCACUAAAUGGACCGAAAACCGGCAACUCGCUUUGCAGUUGUAUACAAUAGGGGCCGAGAUGAAUCUUGUGGCUGGUAACAUUGUUGCCGCAGAGGAAUACUGUGAAGUGGUACUUGGUCGGUCAGAGUUAUCAACAAUGGAAACUCUCCCACUGAAGAUGGUGCGAGCGAAGGCCCUAUCGACGAUGGAACUCAAGUUCGACGAAGCUCUCGAAUACUGUCUGAAGCUGUUGAGAGAAAUCGGAUGCAAGUUGACAUGGCCAAGAAGCUUGGUACCGGUCCAAGCGCUGACGAUGGUCCUACGAACCAUCAAGAAGCUAGAGAAGGUACCAGAAGGCUCCUUCGAGACUAUGACCGUCAUAAAAGACAAACGGCAAAAGGCUGUUGCGAGUCUCUUGUCGAUGAUCUUGUACAUAUCCUAUCAUUCUGGUAACAUUCAUCUGUCCUUCGUUUGCAUUUGCAAGUUGGUGGAGAUGACUUUGCAGCACGGAAUUAACGAAUUCUCUGCCAAGAGCAUUGCUUCAAUCGGAAUAAUUUUGAUUGUAUUGAACAAGGACCCUGCCAAGGCCGAAGAAUACGGCAAUAUUGCACUUUCCAUGCUCGCAAAGUUUGGCCGAAUGCGAAGUGGCGAGACGACCUACCUUACAUAUGCCCAUGUCAUGGCUUGGUUUCGACCAUUGGAAACCUGUUCUGCACCAAUGAUUGAUGGGUACAAGAAAGCUCUGCGAGCAGGAGAAACAGAGUUCGCCCUUUGGAAUCUCCUAUCAUACGUGGCAAUGGUUCCAUACAUUCUUGGAAAGCCAUUGGAGCAGAUUCUCCAAGAGUGCCCGAAGGCCAUGAUCCAAUUUGAAGAGGCUGCUUCCGCAGUCCAUGUCUUGGACAUGCGGGUCUUGAUGCAGAUGCUAUCAAACUUGAGCGAUCCAUCCUGUCCUGAUCCUUCCAAGCUGGAAGGUGAGAUCUUCAGCAAAGUGCAUGAUGACGAGAAGGAGGCAAAGGUCCAUCUCGCCAUUUCCCAUUUUGCCGAAGGCGAGCUUCUGUUGUUCCAAGGCGACUAUGUCGCUGCCGCCGACAGAGCGAUAAAUCUGGGAGAAGUUCACACCGAAUUGGUUCCUGGGAUCUACACCAUUAUGAUCGAGACUUUUCACCGAGCGGUUGUUUUGUACGCUGCAGCUUUGAAGACCAAGAAGAAGAAGUACAGAGUUCAUGCGAAGAAGGUACGAAAGAAGGUCUCCGGCUGGGCGAAAGCCGGCAAUCCGAAUGUCGAGUAUUUCGAUUUGUUCUUGACAGCGGAACAGCUGGCAUUGGACAAGAAGCUGGACGAAGCUCAGCCCAAGUACAAAUCUGCGAUCAGGUUAGCGACUCGUUCUGGUCACUUGCAUCAUGCAGGCUUGUUGAAUGAACGUUAUGCAGAUUUCCUUUUGGCUCUACGUUCCAAUGUCGAAGAGUCAAAAAGGGCGCUGAAGAUUUCGAUCAAAUGGUACAAGGAUUGGGGAGCCACCAGGAAAGUGAAAGCACUAGAGUCGAAGUUAAGUGAACUGGAGAAGUAG